UGUCAGUUUACUACUUUUCAAAGCUUUCCUCUGAAUCGCGAGAUCAAAUUUCAAGCUGAAGCACCCGUCAUCACACUCUCCCAUUCCACCAAAAACCCCCCAAAAUCCUAAUUUCCAUGAGUAGUUCAAUUCCGCUCACUUUCACAUUCUUCAAAUCCAAAGAAGUCAUUUUCCUUGUUCACAAAUCCCUUGUCCACCGAUAAACCCACUGCAAAUUCCCAUCCCAAAUUCUUUCCCAGAUUAUUUUUCUUUUUCUCCAGUUUUUUGGUCAUCGAUGGCGACGAGAAACCGAACCAUUCAGUACAGAAAGCACAGGGAUGCAGUGAAGAGCGUGCGUGCUCCUUUGUCAUCGUCAGCGUCAGUUUUGGGUGGUCCGGUUAUUGAAAUGGUUAACACUUCGUUUCUUCGUUCCAAACGUGCCUCUUAUACUCCCCUCAGCACUGAAGAUCCCGGUCCUUCUGGUGGUGACGCCUUUACAAUUGGUUUACCACCGGCCUGGGUGGAUGAUACUGAAGAAAUAGCUGCCAAUAUUCAGAUUGUCCGAACCAAAAUGGCUGAGUUAGUCAAGGCUCAUGCGAAAGCUUUAAUGCCUUCCUUUGGAGAUGGCAAAGAUGAUCAGCGAAGGAUUGAGGCCCUUACUCGAGAAAUAACUGAUUUAUUGAGGAAAUCUGAGAAGAGAUUACAGAAACUUCCUGCAAGUGAGUCUCCUGAGGAUUCAAAUAUUAGAAAAAAUGUGCAGCGUUCUCUUGCAACAGACCUUCAAAACAUUUCAAUGGAUCUUCGGAGAAGACAGUCAACAUACCUUAAGCGUCUGCAGCAGCAAAAAGAGGGACACGAUGGGGUUGACUUCCAGAUGAACAUAAAUGAGAACAAAUCUAGAUAUAAAGAUGAUGAAUUCAGUGACACGGAUUUUGAUCAGCACCAAACAAUUCACCUAAAGAAGAGUGAACAUUUAACCGAGGAAAGGGAAAGAGAGAUCAAACAGGUUGUGGCAUCAGUGAAUGAGCUUGCUCAAAUCAUGAGGGAUCUGUCUGUCCUUGUGAUAGAUCAGGGUACAAUUGUUGAUCGGAUAGACUACAACAUUCAGAAUGUUGCUUCAUCAGUAGAGGAGGGCUUUAAACAGCUGCAGAAGGCAGAAAGAUCGCAGAAGAAAGGAGGGAUGGUGAUGUGUGCAACAGUGCUUGUUAUUAUGUGUUUCAUCAUGCUAGUCCUCUUGAUCCUCAAGCAAUUAUUUUUGUGAUCAUGUUAUGUUUGUUAGUGAUACCUUAGCCUGCUAGCUGAACGUGGACCUGCACAUUUUGAGGGUUGCAAGCUGACUAGGAAGUGUGUAACUUGAGUUGUGGGAAACCAUAUGCAUGAUUUUUCAUCAUAGUUUUGCCAUUGGCAAGAAUAUAUUGCCAGCAGCCCGAGCCUUUCUUUCUUUGCUUUUACCCCCCUUCCUUUUUUUUAAAAAGAAAAAAAAUAUAUAUUUGUAUUUUUCUGUAGGUCUACAAAUAUAAAUUUUUGGUGUCAGGCUCCUCGGCCUUUUCUUUAAGGAUAGCCUUAUUAUAACAAAUUUCUCUUGUAAAUAUCUUUUAAUGUAAUAGAAGUAGUCGACUUCUUACUACAGAUAACGGUGUCUUGAAUUAUAGAUGGUUGAUUGAUGAACAAGCUGAUUGUGAAAGGUAUAGUUUGAGUAUGGCCCCGGAUAUGCGUUACUUGCAAAAGUGAUGGGCAUCGUCUUGGUAGGCCCUGAGUGUUCGAGGAGGCUUAAGGCCCAUUAGGAAGGUUUGAAGGCUAAAAAAAAUGUUUUUUUUUUAAAGUUCAAUUUUAGAUGUUUAAAAACAAAAAUUACUUGAAAAAAUCUUAUAAUUGUAUUGUUUUUAGGGGAAAAAAAUAAAACUUAAGUUUGGAUUAAAAUCUAAUAUACUCUAAGGACCCAUUUGGCACUGUAAUGAGAGGAGAAAAAGCAGGUUUGAGAUGAAAAGUAUUUUUUCAGACUGUUUGGUUAAAAUCUCAAAUUGAGUUUGAACCAUUUCAAACUCUUGUUUUGAAAAGCAGCAAAUAAGUGCUUUUUCAGAAACGCAGAAACCUAGUCGGUAACUACAAGUCUUCCAUUUCAGGUGGUGUUUUGAUGCAGCAUGUUUGUUUGUCGUUCCCAAGAAUUGCACUUGAUUUCUAUUAUGCAGCAAGGGAUGCUAUACUUCACUAUGCAAUCUCACUUUACAAAUUGGAAUCAUUGGAAGAAGGAAAGAGUAUUUCUAAACCAAAGUUGAGAACCGAUGGUAUAAUAUGGAUGAUGUUAUUGUUGCUUGUUAAACUGUGGAAUGUUAGAUAUUUGAGCUACUGAAGGGAUCACGUAUCUAAUCAUGUAUCUUUGCAAGGAAAAUUGACAAUGAAUUGAAGAUUUGAGUCUCA